AUGAGUGAAGGACGCAGGUCCUCUCACACGAAGUCUGUUGAUGAGAGCGCAUGGCAAAAUUUCCUAACUCAGUUCUCUGAGGAACUUAAGAUGAGCAAUCCUGAUAUUUCAAAACGCGAAUUAUACAAAGCUGCAUCAGAUGCAUGGGGCCAAAAAUCAGACCAAGAGAAGGAUCAAUAUCGAAAGCCUAAAAAGAAAGGGCGCUCAAAGAAGAUAGAAAGUAGCGAUGAUUCAAGUGAUGCCUUUCAAAAAGAGAAUAUCAAGAAGCAUAUAUCAGCAUAUAGCGUGUUCGUUAACGAAAAACAGAAAGAAUUAAAAGAGUCAAAUCCAUACUUAACUUUACUUGAAAGAACAAAAAUCAUAUCAGAGAUGUGGACGUCCUUGGAUAAAGACGCUAAAACAAUAUACAACAAUAAAGCCAAGUGCUUUAACAGAGUUAUAGAUCGUGCUUCAAGUGAUGAUGAAAAUCCUCGGUAUGAAGUCAAUAUUCCAGCAUCAAAGGCAAAUAUUUAA